AUGGACCCGCCGGAAUCCUCCGCCGCCGAGAGAGUGAUCCUUCGCUGGGACUCAUCCGCCUCCGAGGACGCGCGCGACAAGUUGAUCUUCGCCGGUGACCGCCUCGAGGUCGACCGCUACCUAGACGCCGUCGACGAGCUCCAGAGAUCCAUGUCCGCCGCCGCGCUCUCCGAUUCCCCACCCGCGCCCUCCCCCGCCUCGUCCACGCUCCAGAUCGCCAUGGCCCGGCUGGAGGACGAGUUCCGCAACAUCCUCCUCUCGCACACCUCCCCCAUCGAGGCCGAGCUGCUGACCGAGUCGGCUCACCCCGAGCUCAGCCAGGAGCUUGACUCGGGCGAGGAGAUCGGCGAGCGCAGCUUCGGCAAGCAGUUCGAGCACCAGGAAAGCAAUAGCAGCACCACCAGCAGCUGCUACAAGUCCACCAGUAGCAUCCGCGAGGUGGAUCUCAUCUCCUGCGACGCGGUCUACGACCUCCGCUGCAUCGCGGAGCGGAUGAUCGCCGCCGGCUACCUCCGCGAGUGCAUUCAGGUGUACGCGAGCGUGCGGAAGUCUGCCGUGGACGCAAGCCUGAGGAAGCUGAGCGUCGAGAAGCUGAGCAUCGGCGAUAUCCAGAGGAUGGAUUGGGAGACGCUCGAGACCAAGAUCCGGCGGUGGAUACGCGCGGCCAAGCUGUGCGUCCGCGUGCUGUUCGCAAGCGAGAGGAGGCUCUGCGAGCAGAUAUUCGAGGGUUUGGGUUCCUCUGCGGAUGAUGCGUGUUUCAUGGAAACCAUUAAAGGGCCUGCUAUUCAGCUGUUCAAUUUCGCCGAGGCCAUCAGUAUCAGCCGUCGUUCGCCUGAGAAAUUGUUCAAGACUCUGGACUUGCACGAUGCACUGUCCGAUUUGUUGCCUGACAUUGAGUCUGUCUUUGAUUCCAUAUCGAGCGAGUCGAUUAGGGUGCAGUCGGCGGAGAUACUGUCUAGGUUAGCUGAGGCUGUACGAGGGAUAUUAUCGGAAUUUGAGAAUGCCGUGCUUCGCGAGCCUUCGAAGGUUCCGGUACCCGGAGGAACAAUUCAUCCAUUGACUAGAUAUGUGAUGAAUUACAUUAGUCUGAUCUCGGAUUAUAAGCAUACCUUGAAUGAGCUGAUUGUGUCUAAGCCCUCGACUGGAUCAAGAUAUUCGAGCGAUCCCGAUCCCAAUGUUCCGGAUAUGGAUUUUUCCGAGUUUGAAGGUCAGACGUCGAUGUUGGCGCUUCAUUUGAUCUGGAUUAUUGUGAUUUUGCAGUCCAAUUUAGAAGGCAAGUCGAAGCACUACAAGGAUAUUUCCUUGGCUCAUUUGUUUAUGAUGAAUAAUGUGCAUUAUAUAGUUCAGAAGAUUAAAGGGUCCCCUGAGUUGAGGGAGUUGAUUGGGGACGAUUAUUUGAAAAAAUUAACAGGGAAAUUCCGGUUUUCUGCCACUAAUUACCAGCGAGCGACUUGGGUGAGAGUACUGCACUGCUUGAGGGACGAGGGUCUUCAUGUGAGUGGGAGUUUUUCUUCUGGUGUGUCCAAAAGCGCUUUAAGAGAGAGGUUCAAGGCUUUCAAUGCCAUGUUUGAUGAGGUGCACAGAACACAGGCGACGUGGCUCAUACCCGAUGCUCAGCUUCGUGAGGAACUGAGGAUUUCCAUGUCGGAUUUGCUCAUCCCGGCCUACAGAUCAUUUCUAGGGAGAUUCAGAAGUCAUAUAGAGAGCGGGAGGCACCCAGAGAAUUACAUCAAGUACUCAGUCGAGGACCUCGAGAAUGCAGUCUUGGAUUUCUUUGAAGGGUUUCCAGUAUCUCAGCAUUCAAGGAGGAGAUCAGAUUGA